AUGGACGCUCUCGAUCGAAAUUUGAUCGAUGCCGAAGUGGACGCGGAUAGGGGCAGAUCCAAUCGACUAUCAUACAUUGCAUCUUAUGGGCCCGACGUGGAGAGACAAUGUCAACCCACAGACGCGUCACGCAUCUCUCAAGAUUCAUAUGAUCAAUUGAGCUCAACUUUGACUCAUGCUGCUACCCUCCGUAGCUUACAUCCACUUGAGAUGGAAAGGAUCCGGACACAACGGACACAACAUCUUAACACUGUGGGAAGUCGACCACUGAUUGGAGCUAGAAAGUACUCUACAGCAACCAUCAGAACCACCAACACCUUGGGUGCUGGUAGGCCGGUUCCCAGUAACAGGAAGGAAGAAUAUAUUGUCGAGUUCGACAGCUAUGAAGAUCCAGAACACCCACAAAACUUUCCUUUUCCAAAGAAAUUGAUUCAAUCGGCAAUACUCUCCUUCAUCACCUUUGUCGCCUCUUUCUCCAGCGCCGUGUUCUCGGCCGCGAUUCCUCAAGUCUCGGAGAAUUUCCAUGUCAGCACCGAGGUGGGCAUCCUCGGGAUUUCCCUCUACGUGCUUGGGUUCGCGUUCGGACCUAUUCUAUGGGGUCCUGGAUCGGAGAUUCUAGGCCGUCGCCUUCCCCUCCAAAUAUCCAUGUUCGGCUUUGCCAUCUUCGCCGUUGCUUCGGCCACCGCGAAGGACUAUCAAACGCUGAUGCUCACUCGAUUCUUCAGCGGCUUCUUCGCGGCGGGUCCUCUGGCGAUCGUCCCGGCGUGCUUCGCAGAUCUCUAUGAUGACGCCACGCGAGGACUUGCAAUUACGGUGUUUGCGAUGACGGUCUUCGUCGGCCCAUUCGCAUCGUUCGUCGGAGGGUUCAUCGUCGACGAUGCUUCACUGCGCUGGCGCUGGACAAUGUAUAUCUCGAGCAUCAUGGGCUGGCUCAGUUUCGGCCUCACGCUGUUUCUGGUGGAAUCGUACGCGCCGGCGGUCCUAGUGGCCAAAGCAGGACGCAUUCGACGAGAGACGAAGAAUUUCGCUAUCCACGCCAAACAGGAGGAGAUCGAGGUCGAUUUCAAACAAUUGCUCAACAACAACUUCUCGCGUCCGAUCCGUCUGCUCGUCACCGAGCCGAUUGUCUUCCUCAUCACGCUGUACAUGUCUUUCAUCUACGGACUCAUCUACCUUUUCCUGGGCGCUUAUCCAAUCGUGUUUCAGGGGGUGCACGGCAUGAAUGCGGGCGUUGGGAGACUCCCAUUCAUCGCACUGAUCAUCGGCCAACUCCUGGGCGGAGUCUACAUCCUGCUCGAGCAGGCAUCGUAUCAGCGUAAGCUGAAGAAAAACAACGGCGUGCAAGUCCCCGAGUGGCGGCUGCCUCCGGUCAUCGUUGGUGCCGUCUGUUUCAGCAUCGGCCUCUUCUGGUUCGGCUGGACAGGCUACACCAAAUCAAUCCACUGGCUAGCUCCAACAGCCAGCGGGAUCGUGACGGGCUUCGGGAUCCUGUGCAUCUUCCUGCAGUGCUUCAACUACCUGAUCGACACGUACCUGAUGUUCGCGGCGUCAUGCAUCGCCGCAAACUCUCUGCUGCGCUCCUUCUUCGGCGCCGGCUUCCCCCUCUUCGCCGACCAGAUGUUCCACAACCUCGGCAUUCAGUGGGCUGGCACGUUGCUCGGCUGCCUCGCCGCCGUGAUGGUGCCCAUUCCCGUCGUGUUUUAUCUAUAUGGUGAAAGGAUUCGUGGCUGGAGUAGAGUCUCCGGGUUGGGCGAUGGGACUGGCAGUGCUCAUGGCGGAGGGAGUGCGUCUCGGCCUCCGAGGACCAUGGAUGAUGUAGAGAAGGAGGAGGUGGUGUGA